CAUUUCACCAGCCGCCAUUUUGAGAGCCUGGCGUCUGCACACACACAGACUGCGAGCCGCGGCGAGAGCGGACACAGUGUGACAAGGAGGCGGGCCCAGCACACGUAGCGCCCCGCAAGCCGGCACACAGCGCCGCGGUCACCGCUUCGGAUGCGGCUUUAGAGGGCAGGAGAUAACUCAGGCCGCAGGGCCCGGGUGAUCCGACCAAUGAGAAGGGGGAGGCGGCCGCAGUUGAGCAGCACAGGCGGCCCAUUAACCGUCACUCCGCCCGCCUGCCUCGGGAAGGCCUAGGUGUCCGCAGUCCCUCCCUUAUUAGCCGCCGCCGAGAUUGGGCGAAUAGCGAGCAAAUACGUCCGCGUAUCUCUGCCGCCGGCUCCCUCCGCCGCCCUCCCUCCCCCCCCUACUGCCAAGGCCCAGCACAGGCCGCUCAUCGCCCCGUCCCCCACGCCGGGCGCGCAACCUACAGGAAACACCGAGGCCGCGGAGGCCCAGCCCAGAGAUAUGAACCAUCAUCAGCAGCAGAAAGCCGGGGAGCAGCAGCUCAGCGAGCCCGAAGAUAUGGAGAUGGAAGCUGGAGAAACUGAUGACCCUCCAAGAAUCACUCCGAAUCCUGUCAUUAAUGGCAAUGUCGCAAUGGCAGAUGGUCACAACAACGCCGAAGAGGAUAUGGAAGACGAUACUAGUUGGAGAUCAGAAGCUACAUUUCAGUUUACAGUGGAGCGCUUUAGUCGACUUAGUGAAUCUGUGCUCAGCCCUCCUUGCUUUGUAAGGAAUCUUCCUUGGAAGAUUAUGGUGAUGCCAAGGUUUUAUCCGGACAGACCGCACCAGAAAAGUGUCGGUUUCUUCCUUCAGUGCAACGCAGAGUCCGAUUCAACGUCCUGGUCCUGUCAUGCACAGGCUGUACUGAAGGUAAUCAAUUACAAGGACGAUGAGAAAUCGUUCAGCCGUCGCAUCAGUCAUCUGUUCUUUCACAAGGAGAAUGACUGGGGCUUUUCCAACUUCAUGGCAUGGAGUGAAGUUACGGAUCCUGAGAAAGGGUUUAUAGAAGACGAUAAGGUGACAUUCGAAGUGUAUGUUCAGGCUGACGCUCCUCAUGGAGUUGCGUGGGAUUCAAAGAAGCACACAGGGUACGUUGGUCUGAAGAACCAAGGCGCAACCUGUUACAUGAACAGUUUACUGCAAACCUUAUUUUUCACAAACCAGCUCCGAAAGGCCGUGUAUAUGAUGCCCACGGAAGGGGAUGACUCUUCCAAGAGUGUUCCUCUAGCAUUGCAAAGAGUUUUUUAUGAACUGCAACACAGCGAUAAGCCUGUAGGAACAAAGAAGUUAACAAAGUCUUUUGGGUGGGAAACGCUAGACAGUUUUAUGCAACACGAUGUUCAAGAGUUGUGCAGAGUGUUGCUAGAUAAUGUGGAAAAUAAAAUGAAAGGCACGUGUGUAGAAGGAACCAUACCCAAGUUGUUCAGAGGGAAGAUGGUGUCCUACAUACAGUGCAAACACGUGGACUACCGAUCUGAGCGGAUAGAAGACUAUUAUGACAUCCAGCUAAGUAUAAAGGGAAAGAAAAACAUAUUUGAGUCAUUUAUUGACUAUGUGGCAGUGGAGCAGCUGGAUGGCGAUAACAAGUAUGACGCAGGGGAGCACGGUUUGCAGGAAGCAGAGAAAGGUGUUAAAUUCUUAACACUCCCACCCGUGUUACACCUUCAGCUUAUGAGAUUCAUGUACGACCCUCAGACUGACCAAAACAUCAAAAUCAAUGACAGGUUUGAGUUUCCAGAGCAGCUGCCGUUGGAUGAAUUCCUUCAGAAGCCAGAUGCCAAGGAUCCUGCAAACUACAUUCUACACGCAGUCUUGGUGCACAGUGGAGACAACCACGGAGGGCACUAUGUUGUUUAUUUGAAUCCCAAAGGAGAAGGCAAAAUAACUACUGGAGACAUUUACAGUGAAGGUUGUGAUCAGGAUGAUAAAGGCAAUGGAAAGUGGUGUAAAUUUGACGAUGACGUAGUCUCACGAUGUACAAAAGAAGAAGCAAUUGAGCAUAAUUAUGGAGGCCAUGAUGAUGACCUGUCAGUGCGACACUGCACUAAUGCUUAUAUGUUGGUUUACAUCAGGGAAUCCAAGCUUAGUGAGGUCCUACAAGCAGUCACGGAUCAUGAUAUCCCGCAACAACUGGUUGAGAGACUGCAAGAAGAAAAGCGGAUAGAAGCCCAAAAAAGGAAGGAGCGUCAGGAAGCUCAUCUUUACAUGCAAGUGCAGAUAGUUGCAGAAGACCAAUUCUGUGGACAUCAAGGCAAUGACAUGUACGAUGAAGAGAAAGUUAAAUACACUGUGUUUAAAGUAUUAAAGAACUCCACGCUGGCAGAGUUUGUUCAGAACCUUUCCCAGACUAUGGGAUUUCCACAGGAUCAGAUCCGGUUAUGGCCAAUGCAAGCCAGAAGUAAUGGAACGAAAAGGCCGGCAAUGCUGGAUUAUGAAGCAGAUUGCAACAAAACUAUGAUUGAGCUGAGUGACAAUGAAAAUCCCUGGACAAUAUUUUUGGAAACUGUAGAUCCAGAAAUGGCUGCUAGUGGGGCGACGCUUCCCAAAUUUGACAAAGAUCAUGAUGUAAUGUUGUUCCUAAAAAUGUAUGAUCCAAAAAGUCGGAGUUUGAAUUACUGUGGACAUAUCUACACACCAAUUUCCUGUAAAAUACGUGACCUACUGCCAGUUAUGUGUGAGAGAGCAGGAUUUCCGCAAGGAACUAACCUUAUCCUCUAUGAGGAAGUUAAACCGAAUUUAACUGAGCGAAUUCAAGACUAUGAUGUGUCCCUUGAUAAAGCACUUGAUGAGCUUAUGGACGGUGAUAUUAUAGUGUUUCAAAAAGAUGACCCAGAAAAUGACAACAGUGAAUUGCCAACGGCGAAGGAAUACUUCAGAGAUCUCUACCACCGAGUCGAUGUAAUCUUUUGUGAUAAAACAAUUCCUAAUGAUCCAGGAUUUGUUGUCACAUUGUCCAAUAGAAUGAACUAUUCUCACGUUGCAAAGACUGUUGCGCAAAGGCUCAAUACAGAUCCAAUGCUUCUGCAGUUCUUCAAAUCUCAAGGUUACAGGGAUGGUCCUGGAAACCCUCUUAGACAUAAUUAUGAAGGGACUUUAAGAGACCUUCUGCAAUUCUUCAAACCUAGACAACCUAAGAAACUGUACUAUCAGCAGCUUAAAAUGAAAAUUACAGACUUUGAAAACAGAAGAAGCUUCAAAUGUAUAUGGCUCAAUAGCCAGUUUAGGGAAGAGGAAAUAACACUAUAUCCAGAUAAACAUGGUUGUGUACGGGAUCUUCUAGAAGAAUGUAAAAGAGCGGUUGAACUAUCUGAAAAGGGAUCGGGUAAAUUGAGAUGUGGACAAUUGGGAAGUGGAUUUUCUGAGCAGACAGACUCUGCACUCUGGGGAAUGGUCGCUACACCAGGCAGUGUUUUGCAGAAACUAUUUUUGUUUUAUUUUUUACAGUUCAAGUUUGCCAUCGUAAUGAUGGGUCGACACCAAUACAUUAAUGAGGAGGACUAUGAAGUGAACCUAAAAGACUUUGAACCCCAACCUGGUAACAUGUCCCAUCCCAGGCCUUGGCUAGGCCUGGACCACUUCAACAAAGCCCCAAAGAGAAGUCGCUACACUUACCUUGAAAAAGCAAUUAAAAUCCAUAACUGACUCACCUAAGCAAAUGUAACCAAGGCAAGGGACAAAUAAGUGUGUGUGUGUGCACCUUUUUAUCAACGCUAGAACUUUGGUACACGUGCACCUCAAGUCUACAGCAAGAGGAUUUGCUGCUGAUGUUCAUUUUAUUUUGUUGAGGCUGUUCCGUUUGGCUUCUCUAUCUAUUGACUGCCCUUUUUUCAGCAAAAUGAAGGUGUUUUUAUAAAGCUUGAAUGCCAAUGAGAUAUAUUUUAUUGUAACUGUAAAGCAAGAAUGAGGGGUGUUUAGCAGAUCUAAUGAAAUUGGCACAAUGUCAGAAGAUUUUGUAGGGGGCAUAAGAUGGCAGGCUGUCUGCGAACGCGGGCAUUGUCAUUCCACCCUCAUUGCAGCAAGUAGCUCCUAUGUUUACACUCACGACUGAUCUCCCUUCAAGUUACACCUUUGUGCAUUUGUUAAUGCAAAAAAAGCAAAAACAAAAACCCUCACUUCAAUAAAUAGCAAUCUCUACUUCAUUGUGUAUAUUGUUGGCACUUUUUUGGAAUUCUUCAAAUACCAUCACACUACCUUUAUAUUUUGUCCUUCUGCUUUGUCGAACCAAUUACUUGAGGGUCAGCGCACAGAUCUAGCGACAUGUAUGAUACCAUAUGUUGGCGUUCAUUGCUGACAGCAACCUAUUUAUACCCACAUACAUGUAGGUAUAUUUAUUUGACAAUGCUCAUUAGAAAUUUACCAUUGAUAAAAGCCUUUGAGCACCGGGGCAUGCUCACUAGUGUUAGAGUAACUUUGUAUAAAAACUACAAACCUAAAUAAAGUUGUAUAUUUAAUUGAAUGAACAUGUAAAAAUUAACACAUGGCGGUUCCUAUUGUUGGGUGAGUCUGCAAGUCUUUCACUGAUGUUGAUAUUCAUUGUGUGUAGUUUUAUUUCCAAUUUCCUUCUGCCCCUUUUUCUUUUUUUUGUUUUGUUCAUUUGGACUUAAAGGCAGCCGCAUAUUUAGUUUUGAGUGCAGUAAAUAGAAUACAGCCAUUCAUUUUACAGACUUUCUUUCAGACAGUCUUUUAUUUUCUUUCCUGUAGAAGCAGUGUACAACUCUACCUGUAUAUUGCCUUUUUGCUGGAAAAUGUUGUCUGUUAAAUAAAAUUUUCUAUAAAAGUCA